GUCUAUGGCGCAGAGUAUCAAUUUAGAAACAUGAUAGACAAGGAUGUUCCAUGCGCUGUUUGUCUCGAACCGGGUAGCAGUAGUCCGGCCCUAAUGAUUCCAGCAAAGAAAUCCUGCUAUUCUGGAUGGUCUGUUGCUUAUAAUGGUUUCCUAGGAUCUGGGUAUUAUGGUCACCCUGCAGCCUCACAGUUCAUUUGCGUGGAUGAUGAGCCAGCAGCUGUUCCGGGUGGUGAUCGAAAUAGAGACGGAAAGUUGAUCUACCCUGUCAGCGCAUAUGCUGGACAUGGUCUCAAAUUUCCACCGUAUAAACACAAUGAAAUCCUGGCGUGUGUUGUUUGUGUAAAGAAUUAG